AUGGAUGGUAAGUUGUUUGAUCCAGCGUAGCAUACAUUUGAAAAUCGCCAGCUUUGGCACGUUAUUGAUGGCUAGACACUAUAAUUUGAGGAUCGAGGCGCUGUUUAGUGAGAAACUAACGCCCACGCCAUUUGCAAAGUUUUCGCCAAUUGUUAAAAUAUCGCAGCGUUGGUUCGAAAAGCUAUUAAUAAGGUUAACCCGUUUGACACGAUAACCUAAAAUUGUUUUUUUGAGUAGAUCGAAGGACUGUAAUAUUAAUAAGGUUAACCCGUUUGACACGAUAACCUAAAAUUGUUUUUUUGAGUAGAUCGAAGGACUGUAAUAAAAUGAAACCGCAAAGAUAUUGUCGUCUGUUCGACAGCCGAUAUCUCGACGAUAAGAAAGAAUUUCGUGCCUGUGUGAACACUGUCCGACUGAGAAUGAACGUAUCAUACAGAUUUAGGAAUGAUCUUUUUAUGUAUUAUUUUAAUAAGCCUCUAUCCAGCUAGACUGCGAGCAGUCUCUCUUUUCGAAGCCGCGAGAGGCGCGAAACGAGAGCGGCAGCUUAAAACGUUCCACUGCAGCAGUUGGCGAGCAUUGAAUGUGAUGCGGCAAAUCCAGACCUUAAAAACCUCAUUAACUGAACAGCAUAACAGAUUUUCGUGGAACAUUUAGAACACACUCGGUUUGACUCAAACAAACUUUUCUCGCAGGAAAAGCCGAGUUCUUUGCUCGACGGACUACAGAAAAAAGAGAGACUGCUUGUAGUCUACUAUCCAGCCAAUUACAUUUUUAGUCCUCAAGUGUCGAACAUUGAAUCCUGACGAUGUUGUGUGGGUUUUUCCGUUAAAAAAAAUUACAAGGCGUAUUUCUGGGCCUUUUUGAGGUCUGUCUUUUACUGUUCAUUUUACAAACGUAAAUAACGUGUGUUCGUGACGUAAAAACUUCGUUUUGUUUUGUGAAUACAUAAUUAACUGUUGCCAUUAGGGACUUUAAGCAACGGGGACGGCGACGGGGACUCGAAAACCCCUAAAAAGACUGGGGAGAGAACGCCGUUGUGGCGGGAAUUUCUAAACGGUUAAGCAGCCAUUACAAAACGGCGCUCAUGAUGUCUUUGAAAGAAGUUCGAAAUCCACUUUUGAUUAGCCACGAUGAUGGUGUGAUAAACAAAGAGGAACUUCUACUCCUGUAAGAUUUAAACAGGUCCGAUAAUCUUGAUCUUCCGGAUUCCGCACAAUUCUUAUCCUCAUUUUGACUUCGAUGAUUUGGAAGACGACGAGUGCCUUUCAGAGUUUCGCUUCUACAAGAACAGCUUACCAUUUCUGGCUGAAGUAUUGGGGAUUCCUGAGGUAGUAGAGUGCUAUCAAAGAAAUAUCUGUAGCGGAUCGGAGGCUCUUUGCAUUUUUCUGAAGAGACAUAGUUAUCCUUGUCAAUAUUCAGACAUGAUAGCUCGCUUUGGGAAGCCUGUUCCAGUGUUAUGCAUGAUAAACAACUACAUGAUCGACUACAUCUACCAGGCACACAGUCACAGAAUUUUGCAGUGGAAUGAUAGCAUCCUCAACCCUCAUUCACUGGAAAUAUACAGUAAUGCCAUAACAGCUAAGGGGUCCCCCUUGGAUAACUGUUUUAAAUGGCUUUAUUGA